GAAGAAAUUGAGGAAAAUUAGUGGAACAUUGGCAGGAGCACCAGCGCGUAUUUAUAUUUCAUCUGAACUGUACCACAACUGGGUGGAGAAAGAGAAGUGUUGAAGAGAAAUAGCCAAUUCUCUUGGACAGUCAGGUUGACGUGACUCGGUCAUUUCCGUCAUAUUCUCCGGAAUCAGCCGAGGACCAUUCACAACUGAACCAAAGGCAGUAACACUGUUCUGGUCUAGAAGGCCAAAUAGCGUAAAGCAACAUGUUGCGUUUGCCAGCAUUAAGUUGGGCCCUGGCUGGGGCAACCCAUUCCAAGGGAUCUAUUGCCACCUCUAACAAUGGGUGUGCUGAGUGACUCCAGCCAUGGCUCCUAAGCAACAAAAUUGGCCCGGUUGCUAGAGAGGGUAGUGUCACAUGGGGUAACCUCCUCGUGGUCACUAUAAUUUGGUUCACUCUCGAUGGAGUGCACGGUGAGUUAUGCGUGGAUGCCGCAGAGAAUAGCGUGGGCCUCCACACGUGCUACGUCUCCACGGUAAUGCACUCAACAAGCCACGUAAUAAGAUGAGUGGAUUGACAUCUCAGACACGGAGGCAACUGAGAUUCAUCCUGCGCCACCCGGAUUGAGGCGAGUCUCUAAGCCACCACAAGCACUUUGGGAAUUGGGCAUUCUAAAUUGUGGAGUAAAAAAAAAGAAUGCCUGAAAAUGGUCUUGGCAAUCACUUACCCCUGAAAAGUUUUCUCACACUAUUUUUUUUUUAUGACAGUGCGUACCUCAGUCUGGGCCUCAAGCAAUAUAUAACUGCCGCAUGUGUCUGGUGGAAAUUGAGAGAGCGCCAAAGUCUGUUCGUCACUUACAGCCUGUAGCAGCAUGUGCGAUGCCUGUAAUGAAAGGGUGGAAUAUUCUGACCAACUCUGAGAAAACACGGAAGGCCAGAGAGGGAGUCAUGGAGUUCCUCCUUUCAAACCACCCUCUUGACUGUCCAAUCUGUGCUCAAGGAGGAGAAUGUGACCUGCAGGACCAGUCAAUGAUGUUUGGCACAGACAGAAGUCGUUUUACAGAAGGGAAGAGAGCAGUGGAAGAUAAGAACAUUGGCCCACUCAUCAAAACGAUCAUGACACGCUGCAUACAUUGCACACGUUGUGUUCGUUUUGGUAGUGAGGUUGCUGGGAUAGAAGAUCUGGGAAGCAUGCAAAUUGGUACCUACGUAGAGAUGAUGUUAAUGUCUGAGCUGUCUGGUAAUGUGAUUGACCUGUGUCCUGUUGGAGCACUGACAUCUAAACCUUAUGCCUUCACUGCAUGACCCUGGGAGACCAGGAAAACUGAGUCUAUUGAUGUGCUAGAUGCUGUAGGCUCCAAUAUUGUGGUAAGCACCAGGGGUGGUGAGGUCAUGCGAAUUAUGCCUCGUCUCAAUGAGGACGUCAAUGAGGAAUGGAUAUCAGACAAGACCAGGUUUGCAUAUGAUGGGCUGAAGAGGCAGCGUCUUGGUCAGCUGGUAAAUACCACCUGGGAGGAUGUUCUUACACGUGUAGCUGGAGCACUUCAAGGAGUUCAGGGUUCUGAGGUAGGAGCUAUUGCUGGUGGGAUGGUAGAUGCUGAGGCGCUGGUGGCUCUGAAGGACCUGCUAAACAGACUGAACAGUGAGACCCUCUGCACUGAGGAGAUCUUUCCGAUGGCUGGUGCCGGAACCGACUUGCGCUCCAAUUACCUCUUAAACAGCCGGAUCACUAGCAUUGAGGAGUGUGACCUCCUCCUCCUGGUUGGAACAAACCCACGCUAUGAGGCUCCUCUCUUUAAUGCACGUGUCCGAAAGAGUUGGUUACAUAAUGAGCUACAGGUGGCCAUGGUGGGUCAUAAUGUGGACCUGACCUACACAUACGACCAUCUAGGUGAAUCCACACAAGUGCUGGAGGAGAUUGCUGCAGGAACACACCCCUUCUGCAAGGUCUUCGCUCAGGCCAAAAAGCCUGUUGUGAUAGUGGGUAGCUCCAGUCUCCAGAGAAAGGAUGGGGCAGCCAUUUUUAAAGCAGUGUCCACAAUUGCUCAAAUGGCUCGGGCCAGCAGUGGUGUUGAGGAGGGAUGGAAGGUUCUAAAUGUGCUGCACAGGGUGGCCAGUCAGGUGGCAGCCCUGGACUUGGGUUAUAAGCCUGGUGUUGAGGCCAUCCGGAAGAACCCUCCAAAAGUGCUAUUUCUCCUGGGAGCUAAUGCUGGUUGCAUCACCAAAGCAGACUUGCCCAAAGAUAGCUUUAUCGUCUACCAGGGUCACCAUGGAGAUGUAGCUGCACCCAUGGCAGAUGUCAUCUUGCCCUGCGCAGCAUACACAGAGAAGAAUGGCACGUACGUCAACACAGAGGGCUGUGCCCAGAAAACCAGGUUGGCGGUCACUGCUCCCGGCAUGGCACGUGAGGACUGGAAAAUUCUGCGUGCCAUCUCUGAGUUGGCGGGAGUCACAUUGCCAUAUGACACGCUGGAUGAGGUAAGGGGAAGGUUGGCAGAAGUCUCUCUUAACCUGGUAAGAUAUGAUGAUGUAGAGGAAGCCAAUUUCUUCAACCAGGCCCAUGAGCUUUCAAAGGUUGUGAAUCAGUCAUUGCUUGCAGAUCCUCUUGUCCCUCCUCAGCUCACUGUGAAGGAUUUCUACAUGACAGACCCUAUCAGCAGAGCCUCUCAGACGAUGGCUUAGUGUGUGAAGGCUGUGACAGAGGGAGCAGCAGCAGUUGAUGAGCCCUCUAUUUGUUAAAACUCUUUAAAACACACCAAUCUGUCCAUAGUAACACACACUGCACAGUCAUCAUCACAUACAUAAAGUAGGAUUUAUUCAUACUGUACAGUUUGUCUCUCGCAUCUUACGUAGUCAGACUUCAGUAGAGCAGCAAAAAUGUGUGAACUUGAUCUUCCUCAUAUUUAAAUAGGCUUUGAAAGGUGUUGUAAAGAUGUUAUUGCAAUUCUAAGGUGGAAGGUCUGCUUUGUUGUGGAAAGCUCUUAUUAUGAUUAAUUAAAAACAACUUAUUGUAUCAAUAUACUAUUGUCACUGUUCAGAUCUCUGGUCCAAAUUAUUAAAUACAAUGGC